UUUCUGUUUCAUUUCUUUCUACUGUUUGGCAACAUCUGCUUUGUUUGUCGUUUCAUGCCGAUUCAUUCACUGUUGAGUAAAUUUUGUUUUUAGUUUUCUUCCUCAACAUAAAGUGGUUUGUUUAAUAUAUAAAGUUAUUCAACAUGGAGAAAACUGUGAUUACCGAAGGUUUUACCGAUUCGGGUCGAAUUCUGAAAAUGGAAGUGGAUUACAGUGCAACAGUUGAUGAAAAAAUACCUAUAUGUCAGAAGUUAUGCCAGGAGGGAAAACUUACCGAGGCCUUGGAAAUACUGAUGUCUCUGGAAAAACAGACACGGACAGGUGCAGAUACUCAUUCUUGUGGGCGUGUACUUGUGGCCAUUGUGCGAUUAUGCUUUGAAACUAAGAAUUAUGCUGCCCUGAAUGAGCAUAUUGUUCUGUUGACCAAACGACGCAGUCAGAUCAAGCAGGCAGUCACCAAAAUGAUACAGGAAUGUUGCACGUAUGUAGAUCAGAUGCCAGAUAAGAAAACAAAGCUGGAACUUAUCGAUACUCUUAGGCAGGUUACAGCUGGAAAGAUUUAUGUUGAAGUGGAACGAGCUAGAUUGACCCACAAACUGGCCAAAAUGAAAGAAGAUGAAAACAAAAUUGAUGAAGCCAGCAAAAUUUUGCAAGAACUGCAGGUUGAAACUUUUGGUUCAAUGGAUCGACGAGAAAAAGUUGAGCUUAUCUUGGAACAAAUGAGGCUGUGUUUGGCAGUGAAAGACUAUGUUCGUUGCCAAAUCAUUAGCAAGAAAAUCAGCACAAAGUUUUUUGAUGAUCAUUCUACUCAGGAUUUGAAAUUGAAAUUCUAUCGUUUGAUGAUUGAGCUAGACCAGCAUGAAGGAUCUUAUCUAGCUGUAUGUAAACAUUUUAGAGCUGUUUAUGAUACCCCACAAAUUCAAGAAGAUAAAGAAAAGAAACAUGUAGCGCUGAAAAAAGUUGUCAUGUAUCUUGUUCUGUCACCUUAUGAUAAUGAGCAAUCUGAUUUAAUACACAGAGUUAAAGAAGACAAAAAUUUAGAAGAAAUGUCUAAAUAUAAGGAGUUAUUGCAACUUUUCACCACCCCUGAACUUAUCAACUGGAGACUGUUGCAUGAAAAAUAUGAAUCUGAUUUACGUGAAGCUGCGAGUGAUGUGACUGCAGCAGAAGUUUUUGGCCAUGAUGAUAUAGGCAAAAAAUGCUGGCAAGAUUUGAAAAAUAGGGUUGUAGAACAUAACAUAAGGAUUAUGGCAAAAUAUUAUACAAGGAUCACUCUUAAACGUAUGGCUGAAUUAUUAGACUUGAAUGAAGCAGAAACAGAGGAAAUGCUAUCAAAUUUGGUUGUUAACAAAACUGUCUGGGCGAAAAUUGAUCGUCUGGAAGGAGUUGUCUCAUUUUCUCAGCUCAAAGAUCCCAGUGAGGUUCUGAAUGACUGGUCACAUAAUUUAAAUAAACUGAUGCAACUGCUCAGUAAAACCACUCAUUUGAUUAACAAAGAAGAAAUGGUUCAUAAGCACAUGCUUACUGAAGCUUAAGCUAUAUUUAUUAUUUUUAUUUUUUUAAGAACUGAGUCACAGACUCACUAAAAGUACUUUUCGUCCUUACCGAAUUUAACUAGAUUGCACUUAUUUGCAACUUUUUUUAAUGUUUAGAUUCUCUAAAUUAAAUAUUCUUCCUUUAUAUUAUGUUUUCAACAUCCAGAAAUUUCAUCUUCAAAAAUUUUGUUCUCUCAUUCUUGUAAAUAAAAUUUAACCAUUUCUAAUUCUUUUGUCUUUUCUUAUUGUCGGUAAAUUAAAACUGUGUUGUAAAACUUACAUAAACAAAUAAAUAUUUUUUUGAGACAGCUACAA